AUGGCCCCUCGCCGGCAAGGAUCGAAUACCCUGAGCCCCCCAGAAGCCACUACGCCCUCCCCAUCUUCGCCCGCGAGCUUGCUGAGCACACCCCGCUCCGCCUCGCCCUCGAGCGGGUUCACCCAGUUGUUCACGAAGCCCACGAAAUGGUUUAACCGCUCCAACUCAGGGUCUGGUGGGCGCGGUUCUGUUUCAAGUGAGCCGCGCUCGAGCACGAGCUCCUCGCGCAAACACAAGAUCUCGCACCCGACCGACCCUCGUCCAAUUGUGGACAGCUUGGCGCUGCCGCCGAGCCGCGGUGGGCUGGGCAUGCAUCAGACUAGUCGGUUGCAUAGAGCAGCGGACGCGCACGUUACUACGAUUGUUGGAAUAUGCCUAGGAGACCGUCUGUGGUCUGAGCGCGCCACGUUCAAUCAGCGCGUCGCACAAUACGGUGGGGAGAAAGCGUCUGCCUACUGGGGAACGCUCGGUGGUAAUCGGUCUGUGGUCGACUUGUCAUUGGCACGUACAGUGACAGCAGCGCCCGACUCGAGACCGCACGCGCAUCGGACACCAUCUUCUCCUACCCAGCCCUCGAUAUCUCCACGCGGCGGCGGCGGCCUUGGAGAUUUGCGUAACUUAUCGCGCAAACCGUGGUCGAAGUCGGCCGACGACCUCGGAAAGAUGUCCGCCGACGGGUCGACCCCUACUCUCACUCCGAUUGACACGACCCUGCACCAGAAGAUCAAGACAUACCGCAGCGACAGUGUGAGCAGCAGCGCUGCGCCGUCGCCGUCGCUCCCUUCGCCGUCCGCUUCGUCUUUCAAAAUGGCAUACCCGUUUCCUGUGAUAUCGGCCGAGCUCUCGACGUCGCCCCCGAAGAGCACACGGCUAGGUCCGCUACCGCCCUCUGGCCAUGGGACACCUAUCUCACCACCGCUCACGCCUGCCUCGUCCGCUUCGAGCACAUCACAGGUACACUCGCGGUCGCACUCGUUUACGCCACGACUGCCGUCGAAGCUGUCGGCACAGAAGUCUGGGCUGAUGCCGCCCAGCCCGAAGCGCAAGGGGUCCGCGUCGUCCGAGCGCAGCGACCAGGAGCGCGACAAGGGCUCUGCGGGCAGCGGGGCGUCUGGACGGUCUCCCUUCCCGUUCGGAUUCGGCGGCAAUCCGAAGACCUCGCCUGGGUCGCUCAGCAUCUCCAACGACGGCUCACAGCUCAGCCAAGGCCCAUCCUCGCCCACGCUGCUAUCGCCACCGACGAUCGUCGAGCCGGCCGAGGAGGACGGGAACAAGCGCUCGUCGCAGAUGGUGCACCAGUCUGGGUUCAUCAACCGGAUGACGGACUUUUCCCCCGCAAUGUUCAGCAGCCGCGCGCACCACGCGUACAUGGCCGGGGGCUCGCAGGUGCUGCUGUCGAAGGGGUGGAAGCCGUUCAAGCUUGUGCUCAAAGGCUCGAAGCUGCACUUCUACAAGCCGCCGAGCGACCGCGCCGCGGGCAUCCGCGAGUUGUUCCCCACCGAGCUCGUUGCCGAUUUUGAGGACGCAGCUGCGGCCAGCGUGGAUCCCGAGCUGAGUGUAGACAUCCAUGAUGCCGAGAUCGACAUGGGCGGCCGUGGCGGCGGCGGUGGGGGGAAGGGCAAGGAGCGGGAGGAGCUGCGCAGGCGGCGCGCGUACUGGGGACGCGGCACGCACCCGGCGCUCACCAUCGUUGGUGGGGAGGUGCAGAGGGGCUCGACGGAGGCCGUCGUGCACGAAGCGGUGUUUGCGACGACGUUUGUUGUAUCGAGCACUGACGCCCAGGAGCCGAGUUCGGGUUCGGGCUCGUCGAGAUUCAAACCGGAGUGGCGCGAGUUCGCGUCCGCCGUUCUGCUCUCCUUGCCGAUGCUGGUAGGUCGGAGUGCGUUCGAGACGGAGUUCUGCCGGUGCUGCUCGAACCUUGUCAAUGGUGCCGAAGACGACGUGAGGCAAGAAGAGGUCGAGAGGGUGCGGUGGCUUGCCUCGAGGUAUCUCGACUACCACAGAUCGCCUGCGAAUCAAGACGCGUGGGACUCGUGGUGCAAGGACGCGAUCCCGGGCUUCUCUCCCAGCGCCUCGGCCGCCGUAAUCUCACAGCAGUCAUCGUCGUCGUCGACAAAGACAUCCCAACUACCAUCUGGCGUCGGCACCGAGGAUGCCUCGCCGAAUCUAGCUACGUCCGCGCCGAGACCGGGCGACAGCAAGAUGCAAUCUAUAAUCGAAGCGCUUGGCGAAACGAGCCUUCAACCUGCCCCGCCCCCACCUCCGUCGCUUUCCCCGGAGUCCCUGCGCAAUGCCCUCGAAGAGGAAGGCCUCUCGCGCGAUGUGCUUCUUAGCCUCGAUCCCGCUCUUGUCGCACGCUCGCUCUUCGCAUACCAGAGGCCCGUGCUUCGGAAUAUCCCCGAAAACUUCCCUGCCAACUAUGUGCUCUCCGCGCAUCCCCGCGGAUCUGCGGAAGCGUCGUCUACUCAGGAUACACUUGCGCCAUUCCUUGGAAACAACGACAGGCCGCAUUGGUUGACGAGGAUAGUACUCAUCCAAGUACUCGUGCCCGAGCCUGCAGGUACCACACACAUGCCCUCCACAGAGGGGCAAAAUCCCUCUGUUCCUCGCGCGCACUCUCGCUCCGAGGUCAUCUCCGCAUGGGUCCGCAUAGGCGAGGUGGCUCGGCGGAUUGGGGAUGAGUGCUCCUGGCGCGCUAUCAUGGCGGCGCUGUGCUCUCGGCCGAUAGCUCGCCUCGACAAGGUUUGGAAGCGAGUAGACCCCGAGGCUCUGUCUGUUGUACAAUCCUGGGCUCAGAUAGUCGUGCGCGGAGACCAGCCCACUCCCACGGCGCCACUCGUCUACCCGUGGGCGGGCGACGCCGAACGCGACAUGCACGAGGCGUUGGAAAAGGCGCGAUGCGGGGAAGGAGAAGAGUGGGCUAUUGGCUGUCUGCGUAGCGUGCGGGAGAAGUUCGAUGAGCUGCGGACUACUCUGAUGUCGUGUAAGCAGCACUGUGGGGAUGGAGCUGUGUCAGAAGCCCCUGCAGUUGACGUGCUCGUGUCUCACUGGAAUACGCUGCUCGCUGAUGGAGAGAGUCGAGGGCUAGCGUCCAAAUUCCUCAGGGUCGAGCAGUUCAUGUCGCUAUCGAAUGCGGCGGAGCCGCGCAGGAGAGGUCUCUACGAACCCUAUUUCUGGUCCCGGAUCUCCCAGCAGCCCUCUGCACAUCCGCUUGCGGCACUACUCUUCCCUGAGCCGCUUCCGACGAUUUGCUUCGUCGACCGCUCCCAGAUCGUCCGUGGUAGGCUCGAGAGUAAUACCUCUAUCAAUGCAUCAAUCAGCGCACAGGACAUCCGUCAGCUUCGUCUUCAGCCCGAUGGGGAUCGAACGCUCCGCAGGGUUGGAUCGAAGCUUGCGAAUGGACUCGAUCUGGGUGGCACGACUAUCCCGUUGUACAACGGUGAGCUGCUCCUUCUCGUCCAAUCUGGAGGCGAUCGUGCUACCAGCUCCCGGCCGGCAUCUCGUACUCCUUCACGACCGCCGAGUCGCUCCGCUGCAGAGUCCCCAGUGGUCGAGAAGAUGUUCAGCCGAAACCCUUCUAUUCGCGUAACUCCUAGCUCGUCGCACGGUCAUGGGACGGCAGAGCGGAAGUCCAGUUUGACACGCCGAAACUCACUACCCUCGAUAUCGCAAAGGACUAGUUUUGUCGCCUCGGAGACUACGUCGGACAGACCCCUGCGCGUCGUCGUGCAGGCAGGCACCCUUGAGCGCCUCGUCGAUAUCCUUGUGCAUGGACUGCAGGGCGUGUCGGUCUCGGUGGCUGACGACAACGGAGAAAUGCCACUGACGGACAAGAAGACGAGGGAAGUGAGAGUUGAUAUCGACGACUUCUCCCAAGUAUGGUGGAGUGUAUUCCGCAGCUUCGUGACGCCACAAGUCCUGUUUGAGCUCCUCCGGAAACGGUAUGUCGGCGUUCAGCAAGCAGGGCGUGCCCUGACACUGGAUGAGAGUCCUCACGUCGUCCGCCUCCGGUUGGAAGUCCUGGAUACCCUGAGCGAGUGGAUCACACAAGGUGGGGGCGCGCAGGACGCUCUUGAUGACGGAGCCCUUUAUGAAGCGUUGCUAUCAUUCCUUACUCAGCCGGCGGAGCAGAAGUUGUCGGAGUCGGCAUCGCAGUCGGAGGCUGCAUGUCAAGCCCUCAGGGCGCUCGAAACGUCACGAACGGCCCUCCUCGUGUCCUUCCGCUCCCAGACACUGCGACCUACCCCUCGAGCAUCAGCUGCGCCAGAUCAACCUAACGAUGGAGUCGCUGCGCAGAGCUACAGCUCGGAGCUGCCAGAUAUUGAUCAGCUGGAUGCUGAGGAACUCGUCAACAAUCUGAACGCCAUGGCUUCCGCAACAUUCCGCAAUGUGACGCAGGAGGACCUCUUCAUUACCGCGGACCUGUUUGAGAUGCAGUCAGCAGACCGGACUGGCUGGUUCCUUAACCGUGACCCCAGCUCAAUCGCCGACGAGGUAGAGAUUCAGUCUAUGAACUCUUACGUGCUCGAAGUGGAGCCGUCGCCGCUUAUCUCAGAGCUGACGCAAGACAACCUGUACCGCCUCCUACCGCCAGCCGUCCGCAGUUGUAUUCGCGCCUUCGGUAUCCUCCGGAAAUGGCUGAUCUCGAAGCUCGUCGACCUGGGGCUUGGCAUUCGUACACGGCAGCAAAGAAUGGAGCUUAUGCUCAGGGCUAUCGAAGUCGCACGUCUCAGGAAUUUUGACAGCGAGAUUACGGAUGUACCUCUCUCCGAGCGCCCGUGCAUCCGUUCUUUUGUUGAGGCGAUCAUUACAUCUGCCGUGCUCAGCGUGGAAAGCCGGACGUACCAGCGCGCUUGGCUUGGAGUCGCUGUCACUCGAGGCACGGGCUGUGAUACACUUGCUGCCUACCUUGCUCGACCUGUGGUCAAGUCAUUGUCGAGAGGGACACUGACUGUAGACAUUGGCUGGCUCAUGGAGAAGAUUCUCGAGAUCAUUAGCUUACCGGAUGUGCUUGAGCCUCCUUCUGCCGAAAAAGUUGUCCUUGUCAACUUCGAGAAGCGACGGUCACUACAAACGCUGUUGGCAAAUGCUUCUGGCGCUGCUUCUACUCGGAAGCAGCGACGUCGGGAGGCAGAUCGUCGCGAGUUCGAGCGGCUCAACAACAUAGAAAGAGAGCUCAGCUUGGUGCACUUCGAUCUCAGAGCAAUCCGCGAAGAUGCCUACCGCGAGGCUAUGCAAGCGAGUGCCUCCUCGGGCAAGCGUGGCCAACGACCCUUCCAGCAGCUUGUCGCCCAGCAGCAGGAGAAGAACCGACGCGACCGACUAUGGCGGGAUCGUCUCAGCAAGGAGAAACGACAAGAGCAGCAACGGCAUGACAGGCGCGAGGAGCAACUGAACAGGGCUAUGAACCAGCGGCGCCAGAAUCCGGUCAUGUCGAAGCAACACCGGAACAAGAAGAGCAUGUCUUCAGCAUUCUUCCAGCUGAUGCGCCCAAUCUCAAGCGCGUUCACCUCCGACACCAUGUCCGUCAGCCCCUCGAAACGGACCCCGGCGGAGCUCGACUUCCUCCCAUCGAGCAAACCGUCGCAAGUAGUUAGCGUGGUAAACGCGCACGUCGCGCACUUCGUCAACAACGAGCGCUCGUUCGUCUUCCAGCUUGACGCAGAGGACGGCGGGCACUAUCUCCUGCAAGCGGCUAGCAAGCAGGAUAUGAAGAAGUGGAUUGACACAAUUGAGCGCGUGUCGAAGUCGACGGCAAAGCGCAGGUUAACGUACCUCGGACAAAACGUCAAGCUUCAGAUGACAGACGACCACUUAGCGAAGCCGACCGCGGCGACACGCGACCCUAUAGCGGUCUUUGGUGUCGAGCUCGAUUUCUUGCUCCAACGAGAAGCUGUGAAUGGAGAAGUCCAGCCUGGUGUUAUACCUUCGGUCCUCGAUCGGCUGAUCGAUGAGGUCGAAACCCGUGGCCUGACGGAAGUCGGCAUUUAUCGUAUCGCUGGAGCUCACUCUGAGGUCAACUCGCUGAGGGACGCGCUCAACCGAGGAGAAUGGCCAAUAUCUGAGAUCACUGAUAUUCAUGCUGUCUGCGAUUUGAUCAAGUCUUGGUUCCGAGUUUUACCAGGCGGAUUGUUCCCUUCGGAGCUCUACGGUCAGAUCUUGGGCGCCUCGGGACGCGAAGAUGUGGACUUGGACACGAAGGUGUCUAACGUGCGGGACGUUGUUCGGAAGUUACCUGCCGCGAACUUCGAUCUUCUGAAGCGUAUUGUCGAACAUCUGGAGAAGGUGACCGACUAUGAGGAUAGCAAUCAGAUGACCGCUGAGUCUCUUUCCACGGUAUUCGCUCCGAAUCUGCUUCGCUCCACCAACAACGAUGUCGGGAACUUCUUCAGCAACAUGGCUGCUUGCCAUCGUGUAACAAAGAUACUCAUUUCUCACUACCACAGCAUCUUUGACAGUGAUGCGGAACGUGAAAACGAAGGAGAUCUGGACGAUCAAGAAGAUAUCGAGUACGAAGAACCCAUCCCCGAGGAGGAUGAAGAGGACGAACAGCUCUUCAGCAAAGCCGACCUGCUUCCACCCAAGCUGCCUACAGAGCCACCCGUCCUGAGCAUAAACCUCGGCAGCCCCGCCUCACUCUCUUUCGACAUCCCCUAACGCAGUGCUCUCACCAUCUGCAUUUUUCCUCCCGUCCCAUGCUCGUAUUUUUGUUCCACUCGCACUCCGCCUGAGUCAGUCUGCUCCGCACGGUCUCUCGUGUACAACUGAACUCCUCCCUUCCGCUCGUUUCCCUCAUCCCUGCAUUGGCCAACGUACGAUAUCCGGAGAGGGCACGUAGGCGUAGUAGACUCCCUGUGGCUCUCAUAAUUCUCUGCUCUGCUCUGUCUCAGCUCAUAUUUCGUGCUCAUCGGACCAGACAGUUUGAUACGUGUGUUACUCUAUACGCUUGUCCUUCUAGUUCCCAUGCAUCUUGGCCUUCUGUUCUUCGAAUGUUGAGUGACGUCUGCGUCUGGUGACGGAUCAC